AUGGCCCACGUCUCCGGCCUAGCGGCCUUCUUCAUCAUCGUCGCAUUCUUCGCCCUGGUCGGCACAUCGGGCUGGAUCAUCUACACCCACCUCCGCGCUCGCCGACUCGGCUUGCCCCCGCCAAGCUUCUCCUCCUACAACCCCUUCCACAGCUCUAAUGGCUACGCUUCUUCCGGCUCCCCGCCGGGCGGCGUAGGAGGCUGGUUCAAGGACAAGAUGCGCGCACUCAAGAACCGGAACAACCGAUCUGCCGGCGGCGCCUACGAAGAACCGCUCAGCAGCUCCGUGCGUGGCCGAGCAGGCAACAGAGGAUUCGGGCCGCUGGACCCCGACGAUGCGUGGGAUGCGAGGGUCGGCACGGAGGCGGAUGCGUAUGGGCCUGGCGGAUACUACGAGGAGCAGGAGUUGGGACAGCACAAUGACCGAGGGGGGGCUGGACUUGCGCCUACACGUGGAGAGCUUAGAGGCCGGAGUCUGAGCAGAGAGCCAGAGCCAUACAUCGGGGGCACACAGGCGGGUCUGGAUCGGAGAUACGAUGAGGAGAUGGGCCGGAAACCUAUGACGAACCCUUUCGACGAUGGCGCUGAGCCGGCCAACGGUGGUUUGAGGGGUGUCAGUCCGCGGCCGUUUGUUGAUACGACUCAGGCAAACGGACAUGGCCGGCAGGACAGCAUCAAUGACAGUCCGACGGAGAGGAGGUCGAUGUUCAAGGAAGACGUGUAA